AUGGCGGGUGGCAAAGCCGGCCCAAAAGAAGACUUCAACGAGACGGUGGUUAUUGAGGGAAGGAAUGAGAUUGAACCACUGUGUGCAAAUCUUGAACAGCUAGUGUGGCCACUGAAUACCCCAAUGCCGGCUGCGCAGUUCCUCAAGUGGAAUCAGCUAGUAGAUUACAGCUGCCUAAAGUCGUGGACCGUUGGCUGCAUCGAAGACACCCAAGUACUACGCGCUAUUGCCAAUCUUCGUCCCUUUCAGCAGCUAAAUAGACUCGCCCUCGCUCUCUUCCCUCCGCAAGACGAUGAGCUAUCCUUCUACACAGCAACAGAGGCAAUGUUCGACUCCCUUCCCCCGCUCACAUACAUCUGCCUACUGGGCAACUACAAACCAACACUCCUCACUACAGCCCUCCACAAGCACAGCCCAACACUUCUAGAACUAAGGCUCAACGUCGGCUACCAAGACUGGAAUCAGGCACUCCGCUGA